AUGCCAAAUGGUGGUCGAUUUGGAUUUUAUACAAAUUGGGUUAUUCCAGGUAGUCUCUAUCCACAAAAUUGGCGAACAUUUCAUAUGGAACAAUUAGUUCCAUGGAUUGAUGUGAAUUUACGAACGGUAGCAAAAAAACAAGGUCGUGCUAUUGCUGGUCUUUCUAUGGGUGGUUAUGGUGCGAUUCACUAUGCUCAAUUAUACACGGAUAACUUUAUUUAUGCAGCCAGUUUUUCCGGUGCUUUGGAUAUAUUUGAUCCUCCAGUUCAAAAUCUCAUUCUUCAUUUAACAACGAUAGACGACAAACCGCUCGUUGGUCCAUUCGGUUAUCCUUCUGAACCAUUAAUUUCUAAUGGAUGGUUCGUUCAAAAUACCCUUACUCGAGUUGCACAAUUACGUGAUAUCAACAUCGCUCUUUACAACGGAAAUAAUGAUUAUACUGAUUCGACUCUGCUUCCAGGUUGUUCUCGUUUGCAUGAUUUAUUAGUUAUAUUCAACAUAUCUGUUUAUUUUAAUGCUUAUGGUGAUGGACAAUCCAUCGGACAUGGUUGUGAUGGAAAACAUGAUUGGGCCUGUUGGAAAGCGUCACUUAUCGAUGUUUUACCUCGAAUUAUGGCUGUUUUACAACAACAGUAUUGA